GCAACCGAGAGCCUGUUGUCAAGAUGGCGGCGGCUGCGUCUUUAGCGGGCCUUUUCCCGCCCUGCAGCGCCUUUUAGCGGCGACGCUGCCCUGCUAUGGGCUUUAGGGGGCUGCUUUGGGGGCUGCUGAUGCUCUCCGGGGCUCGGGCCCAGGAUGGGAAUCCCGGUUUUCAGCCUUCAUUUAUCUACAUGUCUGGGCCCGUGGUCACUGCCACUUUUGUUGGCAGCCCUGGAGAUAUUUUUUCUCUUUCUGUAGCAAACAAUGAAACAGGGGUGUUACCUCUUGAAGACUGUUGUGAAAGAAACAGGACUGGUGAUUGGAGUUUGAACGUCACAUUUAAAGGGAAUGUUUCCAGAGUGACCGUGCUCUUGACCAGGAACCUGCAGCUCUGCGCUCCUAACCGCACCGGCUGUUGCACGGAGGCCCCCUGCUUGGUCGCUGCUCUGCAGGUUUCUGCGUGUCGAAACUCCACGGUGGUGGCUCGUCUGUCGAUCCAAGCAGAGAUCUAUGCCAACACGUCCUUGGGGAAUGGGACGGGGAAACCGGAAACCUUCGACAACGCAACGAUCAUCCCCAAUCAAGUGUAUCAGCCGUUGGGCUCUUGUCCUUGCAAUCUGACUGCUGCCGCCUGCGAUAUCCGUUGCUGCUGUGACCAGGAAUGUACGCCAGAAAUGAAAGACCUGUUCAGCGGAUCGUGUUUUAGUGGCGUGUUUGGCGGGGACGUCAAUCCGCCUUUUGACCAGCUGUGCUCUGUCCAAACUGGAAUCAACACCCCAGACUGGUUUCCCUUCUUAUGUGUGCACUCUUCCCUGGACAAUACGCCUUUCCUGGGUUAUUUUUACCACGGCUCUAUCACAUCCUCUGAAGCGUCUUCAUUUAAGAUUCCAUUUCAGACCCUCCCAGGGAAAGUUACUGGUGGUUACAGACAAGGAGAUCCAAUUAUGACCAUGCAAGACGAGUAUUUUUCAGUUCCUCAGCCAUUCCUCUCUGGGCAGUGUGCGAGGGACGCCCCCGUUGCAUUCCUUCAGGACUUUGCCGUUGAGUGUCUGGUUACUUCCAAAGAUGAGAGGACCCUGCUUCCCAGCGUGCCCAUAAACAGCGGCACUGGAGAUUCCAUCAGUCCGCUUGUGACGUACGAGAACAAGACAACAGAUAUAGGAAGCUGUGCCGGCAGUGAACCCGAAAGUGUGAUAUUUGCAGGAGUUUAUACAGUCAUAUGGGAAGGUAGGAGAAUAACGGACUUGGAGGUCUCCAUCCUUUAUGGAAAGAUCUGCCCAGAAGACACCCUGAGGCAGAGGUUCACAGUAAACUUUGUGAGCGUGAAUGCGACCAGCACAGAAGAAUUGUCCGGGAAUCCAGGUUAUCAAGUUGGAAAACCAGUCAGAGCUGCAAGCCUGAAUUCUUCAGUUACCACUUUAAACCUCUGGAAGCCAGAUGGCCGCGGUCUUUGUGCGUCAGCAGAUCUCACUCCCGUUUUGUUUGGACUGAAUGCUGUUUCCGGAUGCAUUUUAGAAGUUGAUCUCAAGGAGAACUGCAGUCAGUUAAGGGAGAAUGUGGCCGACAGACUGAAUUCCUUGGUGCCGGCGAACCUGGUCGGGAAAAGAGGCAAUUCCAAUUCCAGCAUCCCCGAUGACUGGGUGGAAAUCAUACGCUCAGAUACUUUUAACUCCAGCUCAAACGCAAGUGCUGGGAUCUUCAAAGGCCUGUGCCCAAGAGUUCCUGCUCACUUGAAUAUCCACAUUCUUACAGCUGUUGUGGGCGCAGUAGAAGGAAUUCCACAGCAGGAAAUACUGGGAGUGCAAAUCGGUUUUUCAACAAUAACUUGGCAAGUUCAGUGUCCACUUACCUUUGAAGAGGAAGCUGGCUUUCUUCCUAUCUCAGCCUCAGUCCAGUUCAUCAAAAUACCUGCGCAGCCCCCUGUUCCAAAGACAAGAUUUCAGAUCAAUUACACAGAAUUUGACUGCAGGAGAAAUGACGUUUGCUGGCCAGAACUCUUUUAUCCCCUCACACGCUUCUACACAGGUGAACCCUACUCCCAUUCUCUCGCCAAAGGCCUGGUCCUGGUGUUCCUCAUCUUAAUUGCCGUCUUGCUGAGUGAUCCUGGGAGAAGAAUCUGUGGAGUAUGGAAUAAAACAUAAAUCUUCAACAUAAAAAGAACUGUUUUGAUACUGAGGGUUUUUUAGUAUUGAAUAAGUGGUACUGAAUUUGUAAAGAAAGAGGAUGUGUAUAGUUUUAUGAGUUUUUUUAAUAACUGCAAAUAAUUGUAAAAUAAAAAGGUUAUGUAUUUAAA